UUUUAAUUAUGCAAGAAUAAUUUAUAAUGAUUUGAUUCCAUUUCUUAAAAAGUAAAAUGAAUAGCAUUAGAUAUUUUUUAUUUAGUAAACAGUUGUUUUCUGUUACAAAUCAAAGUAAAGUAUUUAUAAAUUGUAAGAACCUUUCCACAAGUUCUACCUUUCAUAAAAACGAAACAGGUUUUGUUCAUAUUUUUGAUCGAAAAACAAAAAGUCUUCAGAGAAAAAGAGCUGCUAUAGCUGAAGAUGUAAAUGUGUAUAAUUACCUUAAGGAUGAAAUUGGUUACAGGCUGGCAGAUAGGCUUUUUGAUAUCAAAAGAAAGUUUAAGUUAGCAGCAGAUAUAGGGUGCAGCCGUGGUUAUGUAUCUAGACAUAUCUCCCCAGAUUCUGUAGAAGAACUGAUACUAUGUGACAUUAGUGAAUCAAAUUUGAAUGCUGCAGUUGUACAAGAUGGCAUAAAAACUACAAAACAAAUUUUAGAUGAGGAACACAUUGAGUUUAAACCAAAUUCAUUGGAUAUAGUUAUAUCUUGUCUUAGUUUGCAUUGGGUAAAUGAUUUACCAAAAGCCUUUAAAAGGAUCCUGCUGAGCCUUAAAGAGGAUGGUGUCUUUUUAGCUUCAGUGUUUGGAGGUGACACGUUAUACGAGUUACGAUCUUCCCUUCAAUUAGCAGAACUAGAAAGAAGAGGUGGAAUAUCCCCACAUAUUUCUCCGUUUACUGAAGUAAGAGAUAUAGGAAGCUUAUUGACCAGAGCUGGCUUUACAAUGUUAACAAUAGAUACAGAUGAAAUCAUUGUAAGAUAUCCAUCCAUGUUUGAACUGAUGCUUGAUUUAAAAGGGAUGGCAGAAAGUAAUGCUGCUCUUAAUAGAUCGCUGCAUUUGCAUAGAGAUACACAAUUUGCAGCGGCGGCUCUAUACCAACAACUUUACGGAGCAGCUGAUCCUGAAUCUGGGGAAAUGUCUGUCCCAGCAACCUUUCAGAUAAUUAACAUGCUGGGCUGGAAACCCCAUCCAAAGCAACCAAAACCUUUAGAGAGAGGAACCGGAGAGGUUUCUCUGAAGGACCUUCACAGACUAGAUGAAAUCAUUAAAGAGGUAAAAUCAAUUAAGAUAGAUGAUGAUGAUAAACGUUGAGUUAUAUUAUUAUUUUUAAGAGGUUAUCUAUUUUAAUAAAUAUUCUAUUCCAAGUUUA